CUACAUUUAUUUGGUGAAAAUAACCAAAUCAGUAUUUAUAAUUUAGUCUGUAGGAAAGUUAUAGAGUUCACAAACUAUGGGAUAUAACUGAAAAUGGAUCAAUCCUGAAGUACUGACAGCCAAUCUAAUUUCUUGAGGCCCAAAAAUGUCAGAACAGUACAGAUAUCCCCCAAAUGACCCCUUUUUGAAAAGUAGACAGUCCGACGUAUUUCAUAAGAGACAUGGCAAGUUUUUUCAAAAUUGUAAUUUCUGUUGUCAUAAUUUUUCGGAAAAUGAAAAAAAUUUGUUUUUUACAUACUGUCAC